CUUGGUACGGCCUCUCACCUCUGCCCGACCUCUGCCCCUCCCCCGAGGUCGACCGCCGUCGCUCGCUCGUUCGCUCGCCUGCCACACCGGUCCAGCCACCUCUUCGUCGACCCGGCCGGCCGGAUUGCGCAGGUGCCAGCGGACGCACGGCGGCACCGACCGAUGGACUUCACCUCGUCCUACUUCCACGCCUUCGGCAACCCCGACUUCGCAGCGGUUUUCUCCGGCGGCAGCGCGCAGGCCGUCCGGCCGGGCACCAGCGGCGUGAAGGCGGUGAAUGUUAGCAAGGGCUCGGCGACGGCGAGGCAGGCCGCCCCGUCGGUGUUCUCCGUCCAGGACGCGGAGGUGGAGGAGGCGCACCACUUCCUCGACGAAUGCACCCUAUGUCGCAAGGUCCUCGCCGGCGACAUCUUCAUGUACAGAGGGGACACGCCGUUCUGCAGCGAGGAGUGCAGGAGGGAGCAGAUCGAGAUGGACAGGACCAGGCACCGGAGGAAGAAGCAGCAGCACUCCCCCACGGCGCAGGCGCAGGCGGCGGCGCACCGAUCAGAGCGCGCGCCCCAGCGUCAGCUGCAGCCACAGAGGUAGAGCUCUCCACCAAGCUGCCUUGCCGCCUUGCCGGAGUGGAUGGAGAACCCACAGCGUGCAUGCUACUACAUAUACAUGUACCUAGACAUUUCGAAGAGUCCACGAGAGUAUCCACGACCCGUGUUACCACAUUCCUUUUUAGGGGAAACGAUGGAGUAAUUAGCGAAACCGCAUGCAUUAUGCUUGCUGAGCAUACGGGUUAGAAGCCGCGCAUGCUCGUCGUAGCGUCCUGCUCUCCUUGCUGGGCUAUUUUACUUCUAAUUCCUGGUUCAGAUCACGGCCGUCAAAAGAAGCAUACGAGCUCUUUUGUAAUGUAUACUGUACGCCUCUAUUCCAUCUCAUCUUCGUUUUCCUUUGUCGAUAUCUUGCUCUAUGGAGUACUUGAAACAUUCGCGUUUGGUUUACACAAUACUCCCCAAAAC